AUGGCGGAUCUUCAGCCUACUCCUUGGUCUGCAGAUGAACUAGUAGGAGAGCUACUUGACAAUGAAUCGCCAUUCUUCAUAAUUCCUGAUCAAGUGGCCGAGGCAUCAAACUUGGACGUUGCAUCGAAUCAUUCACCUAAAUCAAACGAGCAUGUCUCACAAGCCAGAGUUUCCAUGUUGGACAGAGACUUGAGUAGGACUCAUGAGAACAAUUACAGGUACACGCUGAGAAUUAAGAGUUGCGACAAUGCAUUGGCUGAUGAUGGUUAUAAAUGGAGGAAGUAUGGCCAGAAAUCUAUAAAGAAUAGCCCAAACCCCCGGAGCUAUUACAGGUGCACAAACCCAAGGUGUGGUGCAAAGAAACAGGUGGAGCGGUGCAGUGGUGACCCGGAAACUCUCAUCAUCACCUACGAAGGCCUUCACCUCCACUUUGCUUACCCAUUUUUCCCAUGCAACCGACCACAACAGCAGCAUGUGAAUUCCCCCGCUAAGAAGAAGCAGAAGCCCACGAGUAGUAGCAAUUCACAAGGCAGAAAUGAUCAGGAGGCGCAACGCAGCGUUACUAGUAGUAUAAACGAUGCAGAAGAAAGCCCGGACAAUGUUACCCACUGUAGCCCUGUAAUACCACCACACCGGCAACAGUCGGCGACGUCAAUACAGGAUGGGCAGAAAGGAACAGAGGGCGACUACUCGCCACAAGGCUUGCUUGAAGAUGUGGUGCCAUUACCAAUUCGUAAUCCCUUGAUUAAUCCGACGUCCGUGAAUUCUUCGUCCUCUUCCUCUUUUCCAUCUACUCCAACUUCACCUUCUCCAUUUCGUGGCCCCGGGCUAUUCAACCUUAGGCUUCGUCGGAUUUUAGGUUUGUACGUAGCUCUGGUAUUUACUAGUACUAGCUAG